AUGGCACCGCCCGCAGCGCGGCUGGCGCGGAUCUCCCGCACCGUCACCUUCAGCGCCUGCCACCGGCUGCACAGUAAAUCACUGAGUGAUGAAGAAAACCUGAAGCUGUUUGGGAAAUGCAACAACCCAAACGGCCACGGACACAACUACAAAGUGACAGUCACUGUGAGAGGAGAGAUUGACUCAGUCUCAGGAAUGGUUAUAAACCUGACAGACCUGAAAGAGUACAUGCAGGAGGCCAUCAUGGAACCACUUGACCACAAGAACCUGGACAAGGAUGUGCCAUACUUUGCUGAGGUGGUGAGCACCACAGAGAACGUUGCAGUAUUCAUCUGGGAAAACCUCAAGAAGCUGCUGCCCAUGGGAAUUCUUUAUAAAGUCAAAGUCUGUGAAACAGACCAGAACAUUGUUGUUUAUAAAGGAGAAGAAACCAUCUCUGAGAAGUGAAAUAAGCCUCAGCUGGGCAGAAACUCUGCUGCACAAUCCAAUCUGUGCAUCAAUUCAACCCUGCUCACUGUGUUUCCUACACCUAGGCCCUGGCUGUGUGUUAGAUAGGAACAAA